UCCUUUGUUUUUAAAGCUCGUCACACCUCUCCUGGUCACUAUGGCAACCGAUCCCCAGAACCCUGCAGCCAAACAACAGAUUCCUGCACCCAACACUUUCAAGCUGAUCGUCUAUGAACAGGAGAACUUCCAGGGUCGCUGCCAUGAGCUGACUGGACCCUGUAACAACCUGCAGGAGGAGGGAGUGGAGAAAGUGGGGUCCAUACUGGUGCUGUGUGGACCGUGGGUGGGGUACGAGCAGCCCGGCUGUAAGGGUGAGCAGUACGUGCUGGAUAAAGGCGAGUAUCCUCGCUGGGAUGCCUGGACUAACAGCCGGCGCAGCGACUGCAUCUUUGCCUUCCGCCCCAUCAAAGUGGACAGCCAGGAGCACAAGAUCGUGCUGUAUGAGAAUCCCAAAUUCACAGGCAAGAAGAUCGAGAUCAUAGACGACGACGUGCCGAGUUUCCACGCUCACGGAUACCAGGAGAAGGUCUCUUCGGCCCGGGUGCAGAGCGGCACCUGGGUGGCGUAUCAGUACCCGGGGUACAGAGGAUACCAGUACCUGUUUGAGAAGGGCGAGUACAAGGAGAAUUCUGAGUUCGGUGCUCAGGUGCCUCAGAUCCAGUCAGUGAGACGCAUCCGUGACCUACAGUGGCACCUGAGAGGAGCUUUUCAGACCUCCACCUGAGCGUUCCUCAUCAUCUCCACCUGAGCCUUCCUCAUCACCUCCACCUGAGCGUUCCUCAUA